AGAAGGUAUAUAAGUCAGUGUAACGCACUGGUUUCUUUAUUAUAGUUUAUACAUUUUUUAUGUGUGUGAUCUGCAAAGAACCAGAACCAAAAUGUCCUAUCUAGGAAGAGAAUACAGAUUCGAAAGAGAAGAAAACUUCGAGGCAUUCCUUGCUGCUAUCGAUGUCGCACCAGAAGACAAAGCCAGGAUUGCCCAGUACAAACCUUCACAGAAACUGGAGAGGGAUGGUGACGGUUACAGAUACACAACAGUAUUGCCCCAAAGAACGAAGACUAUAACCUUCAAGUCAGGUGUGGAGUUUGAUGAUGAAAUCAAGGAAGGUACUUCGGUAAAAACUACCUUCACUGUAGAUGGUGACACAGUAACCCAGGUCAUUAAGGACUCCAAGGGCAGAACCGCCACAUUCAAGAGGGAGUACUCUGGUGAUAAGUUGAAAGUUUCUAUCACUGCCAGCGUAUGGGACGGCGUCGCUUACAGAUACUACACUGCGUAAACUCAUUAUAAGUAGUUAAGAUUUACCUAAAUUGUUGAUAUUUAUUGAUUUUUAAAGUUUUAUAAUAAAAUACCUAUUUAAGUACAUAA